AUGGCUUCUGCAGUAUUCAUUCUGGAUCUCAAGGGCAAAGUACUUAUUUCCCGAAAUUACAGGGGAGACAUUCCAAUGAGCGCUGUCGAAAAGUUCAUGCCACUGAUAUCCGAAGCUGAAGAUGAACAAGUUCCUUUGCCUUGUUUUACCCAUGAAGGCAUCAACUACCUUUAUCUCAAACACAGCAAUCUCUAUCUGCUGGCAUUGACGAGAAAAAACACGAAUGCUGCUGCUAUUAUGUUAUAUUUGCAUAAACUGACCCAAGUAUUCGCCGAGUAUUUCAAAGAACUGGAGGAGGAGUCGAUCCGAGAUAAUUUUGUCAUUGUAUACGAGCUGUUAGACGAGAUGAUGGAUUUCGGGUACCCGCAAACCACCGAAACCAAGAUUUUACAAGAAUAUAUCACCCAAGAUGCACACAAGUUGGAGGUCCAAGUGCGACCGCCCAUGGCUGUCACGAAUGCCGUGUCAUGGCGUUCCGAAGGUAUCAAAUACAAGAAGAAUGAAGUAUUUUUGGAUGUCAUUGAGAGCGUGAAUAUUUUGGUGAAUGCCAAUGGCAAUGUCUUACGAAGCGAGGUAUUGGGAGCGGUCAAGAUGCGAUGCUAUCUGUCGGGCAUGCCUGAACUUCGAUUGGGAUUGAACGAUAAAGUGAUGUUUGAAGCAACUGGUCGAGGCAAUACAUCGGCCAAAGCCAUCGAAAUGGAAGACGUCAAAUUCCAUCAAUGUGUUCGUUUAUCUCGGUUCGAAAAUGACCGAACUAUCAGUUUCAUUCCCCCGGAUGGCGAUUUUGAACUGAUGAGUUACCGUUUACAAACCAGUGUGAAGCCUUUGGUUUGGGUCGAAGCGGUCGUGGAAACAUAUGCUGGCUCGCGUGUAGAGUAUUUGGUGAAAGCUCGAGCUCAAUUCAAGCGCAAGAGCACAGCGAACAAUGUGGAGAUUGAAGUACCUGUGCCCGACGAUGCAGACACGCCUAAAUUCAAGAGCAGCAGCGGUUCCGUCUCGUAUAAACCCGAGCGAUCAUGUCUAGUAUGGAAGCUUAAACAGUUCCAAGGCGGAAAAGAGUUCAUUAUGCGAGCACACUUUGGUCUGCCUUCCGUGCAAGCAGCUGAAGAAACGGAAAAACGACCACCGAUCAAUAUCAAAUUUGAAAUUCCCUAUUUCACUGUAUCCGGUAUUCAGGUUAGAUAUCUUAAGAUCGUUGAGAAGAGCGGCUACCAGGCCUUGCCGUGGGUUCGCUAUAUCACACAGAAUGGAGAUUAUCAAAUGCGUAUGCCCGAAAGCAUCAAGGGCAAUAAGCAAAUUGCCUCCUACUGA